AAAAAAAAAGAAAUGUGCAUGCUAGUUAGCUAACCAGUCCUUUCAGUUCACUCUGUGAAUGUGUGUGCUUAUCCAGAAACGCCAUUUGUAAGAGCAACUGAAGGCACCAACUGCAACAAACUCAUUUUCUAAGACACCAAAAUGUUUGGUAACUGUGAUGAGAAAACGGUAACUCCUAACAGAUGGACACAGAGUGAGAUAGAUGAUCAUCAUAAGGUUUCAAUGGCAUCAAAUGGUAGUACUAGGGUUAUGGAAAAACCAGGUCAAGAUCUUGUACAACAGCAACAACAAGCUUUAAGGUGUCCACGUUGUGAUUCAUCAAACACAAAGUUCUGUUACUACAAUAACUAUAGCUUAUCACAACCUAGACACUUUUGCAAAGCUUGUAAAAGAUAUUGGACAAGAGGUGGAACUCUUAGAAACGUUCCUGUUGGUGGUGGAUGUAGAAAAAACAAACGUGUUAAGAGAUCAUCCACAACACACUCUUCCAACAAUAUUGAUAAUUCUACUAAUACUAUUGUUGCUUCUCCUUCUUCUUCUUCCAAUCCUACUAGUGCUAAUUCAAACCCUCCUUCUCAACUUCAUAAUUUUGAUAUUUCUAAUUCUACCUCCAACCAUAUCAAUACUUUGCUUUAUGGUGGUGGUAAUGGUAACUCUUGUCAUGAUGUCAUGAAUUUUCCUUUUUCAACAAGGUUCAAUUCUAGAGUAGUUUCAAGUUCUUCUUCAGGGUAUGAUAAUCUUCAGGUGAAUAACUCUUGUCUUGGAUUAGGAUUUUCAUCUGGGUUAUUAAUGUCUGGUUCUGGAGGAGAAGUUAAUCAUCAUUAUCAUGAUGCUGGUUAUAACAGAAAUGGGUUUAGUUCAAAUAAUAAUAACAAUCACACACUUGUUUCUAGUUACAAUUCCAUCUUUGGUUCUUCUUCAACUUCAACUAAUUCCUUGGCUUCUACUCCAGUUAUGACUUCUCUGCUUAGUUCUACACUAUUGCAGCAAAAAUUCAUGAGUAGCACUGGUACUAGUAGUGGUGGAAUGAAAGAUGAUAUUUUUCAUCAUGAGAUGAAAAUGGAAGGAAAUAGUAGUAGUGAGGUUGCAGGGAUUAUGGCUUCAAAAGAAGUGAAAUUAUGUGAAGGACAAAAUAGGUUGCAGGAGUGGAAUAAUGUUAAUGCUAAUGGUGGUGUUGCUGUUGCUUUUCAAAACCAGAUGGAGCAUUUGGGUUUGUCUGAUACUUCUUCUCUUUAUUGGAAUAAUCAUAACAGCAGCAACACAGCAACAGGUUUGGGUGUUUGGAGUGAUCAACCUAAUAAUAUUGGUCCUUCUGUUACUUCUCUGAUCUAGAAGAAAAAAAAAGAAAAAAAAAGAUGAAGCAUCCUUUUCAAACUAUCUGUUUAAGCUCUUUUUUUCUUUAUUAGGCUUCUCUUUAUUGCUGAAAAAUGCUGCUUUUGUUUUUGUUUUUGUUUUUCCUUUGGAGUCAAUUGGGUUUGGUUUACUUACAUAUUGAGAGAGAAAAAGAAAAAGAUAGUUAAAGGUGAAAUGGGAAAGGUAAAGGUGAGAGAGAGUUUAGGAUCGGAGAGAUCAUGUCAGCUGCAAAUAUAUUCAACCUGUUAGUUUUUAUGUGUAAACAAGGUUGAUAAUUUGGUUAUAUAUUGGGCUGAGAGGAACCUCGGAUCCUCUUUUUCUCUCAUCAACAUCUUCUGAAACAGUGUUCUCAUCUGGAGAUUGAUUCAAAGGGUGGAGUGGAGAUUCUUUAAUUUGGUGCAAGUUCUCCAUUGUUGAUUGAGUAAGUUGUUCUUUUUCAUUAAUUUUGUAAUGUAUAUAUAUGCAAUGACAUAUCCUUUGUUUUUCUUACUUAAUGUAUUGUGAUUAGUUAGGGUGAUGUGGGGGGUUACUCACUAUAUGAAAGAAAUUCUAAUGUUGGUUUCUUUUGUAAUGUAUUGUCAUUAGUUCCUUAAUUCAUGACAGGAACUAAUAUGUUUGUUUCUUUUUGUUGUUGUUAACUUUCUUAACAUUUGUAAUGGAGAUUAAUGAGGGUAUAAUAUGGUAUAGGAGGAGGGGAGAUUAAUUAGUUAGUUUGAUUUGGGUGAUUAAUGUAUGUGGGAUUGGUUUGUUUGUGUGGUUUUUCAUUUUCAUCUAUUGGAAAUUCUAAGAAAACUUUGGUUCAUGCAAA